AUGUCUCUUUUCAUGCCUUUAACAACAGAUCAAUACCAUGCGAAGCCUAUGGCUAUAUCAUCCAUCACAUCACCCAUAAGCAGGUCAAGAGAGGACGUUUCCUCUGCUGCUACUGCGUCUGCCACUGCUGCGGAUACCACAGCUACUGCAGGGCCUGACUAUAACGAUGUCAACAGCUCACCUCCAUUGACUUGUGGGUCUCCUUCCAUCUCAUCGUCUCAGUCGGAUACCAUUACGCCUCCUACUGCAGGCAGUAGUAGCUCCAAAUCAGGCUCAUCGUCUCCGCCAUCGAGAACGUUCUCCAACUAUUCCUCGUCUUCAAACUACUCGUCUCCUGGUUCUCCCAACCAGAGCAACAGUAAUCUUCUCUUAACCAAAAACACGCGGUCCAACAGUACUAGUUUGCCUCAACCACCUAUCGUGGCAAAUUCCUUCUACCAUCCGUAUCACUAUAGUGGUAGCAGCAAUAGCAGCAGUAGUAACAACAACACUACGCAGCCGCCUCUGUCUAUUCAUGAGCGUCGUCUCCGUAACAAAACAGCUUCUGCAAAGUACAGGGCCAAGAAGAAUCAACAGCACGGCGAGAUGAGAGCCAUGAUCUCCACUUUAACCAAGGAAAAUGAAUUACUUUUACGUCAAUUGGAUCAUAUUCAACACGAGAACAGCCAUUUGAAGGCAACAUGCGAUCGAUUGCGAGGUAAAAUCAUGGCUCAAAAGAUGCUGAAACAGUACUUAGUAGAGAAUGAGCAGCAUCAGCAGCAGCAGCAACAGCAUCACCAUCGUCAGCAGCAGCAAAUGAGCAUGGACCAGGGCCACCAACAGCCUCCCAAUUGCUUUGUUCAGUACCACAAUGCAGCACCAAUAGUGAGCAGCAAUAGCAAGUAUCCCGAGAUGAAUAAAGAGAAAAGAAGGGGCGAUCUGAAUAUCAGGAGUCAGAAUGAAGCUAUGAAUUUUCAUUAA